GCUAGAGGCCGGUGCCCAAUGGGGGCAGCGAGCGGCGCUCCGAGUGCCGGCGGUUCGGAGCUCGGGCUGGAGCCCCAGCGCGGUCUCGCCUGACCCACCUGCAGCGCCAGGGGAAGGCGCCAGCCCCGCUCGCCUGCCUGCCGCUCCCGGGGCCAGAAGCCGCCAGGAUGCCGCUCGCCCAGCUGGGAGAUCCAUGGCCCAACAUGGAGCUGGUGCAGCUGGACACGGAGAAUGGACAGGUUGCACCAGAAGAAGGCGGGAGACAUCCAUCAAAGGCAAAAUCGGACAUAUCUUGGAUAGAGAAAGACGUUGUAGACUCAGCAGAUAAGGAUGAAGGUAUCGUGAAAGAAAUUAACAUCACACACCAUGUGAAGGAGGGCUCUGAGAAGGCUGAUCCUUCGCAGUUUGAACUUCUCAAAGUUCUGGGCCAAGGCUCUUUUGGCAAAGUCUUUUUAGUAAGAAAAAUCACCCCACCAGACAAUGGCCAUCUCUAUGCCAUGAAGGUCCUGAAGAAAGCAACCUUGAAAGUGCGCGAUCGCGUACGGACAAAAAUGGAAAGGGACAUCUUAGCUGAUGUGAACCAUCCCUUUGUGGUGAAACUGCACUAUGCAUUCCAGACAGAGGGCAAGCUCUAUCUCAUCUUGGAUUUCCUGAGAGGAGGAGAUCUCUUCACUCGGCUUUCCAAAGAGGUAAUGUUCACUGAGGAAGAUGUGAAGUUCUACCUAGCUGAGCUGGCUCUGGGGCUUGAUCAUUUACACAGCCUGGGAAUCCUAUACCGAGACCUCAAACCAGAGAACAUCCUCUUGGAUGAAGAAGGCCACAUCAAACUCACAGAUUUUGGUUUGAGUAAAGAAGCCAUUGACCAUGAGAAGAAAGCGUAUUCCUUCUGUGGGACAGUGGAAUAUAUGGCACCAGAAGUUGUGAAUCGUCAGGGCCACACCCACAGCGCUGACUGGUGGUCAUAUGGUGUAUUAAUGUUUGAGAUGCUCACUGGCUCCCUGCCAUUCCAGGGAAAAGACCGUAAGGAGACAAUGACGUUCAUUCUCAAAGCAAAGCUGGGCAUGCCUCAGUUCCUGAGCUCCGAAGCACAGAGUCUCCUGCGAGCUCUUUUCAAAAGGAAUCCAGCCAACAGAUUAGGUUCUGGUACAGAUGGGGCAGAAGAGAUAAAGCGUCACCCUUUUUACUCCACCAUUGACUGGAAUAAGCUAUAUCGCAGGGAGAUCAAACCACCUUUCAAACCUGCCGUGGCCCGACCAGAUGACACCUUUUAUUUUGACACAGAGUUCACCUCUCGUACGCCAAAAGAUUCCCCUGGAAUUCCCCCGAGUGCGGGGGCCCAUCAGCUCUUCCGAGGGUUCAGUUUUGUGGCAACUGGAUUGAUGGAGGAUGGCAUGGUCAAACCUACCCAGGCACCUCUGCAUUCUGUGGUACAGCAGCUGCACGGCAAGAGUCUCCAGUUUAAUGAAGGCUACGUAGUGAGGGAGACGAUCGGUGUGGGCUCCUAUUCAGUGUGUAAACGCUGCAUUCAUAAAUCCACCAACAUGGAAUAUGCCGUCAAGAUCAUUGAUAAGAGUAAACGAGACCCUUCUGAGGAGAUGGAGAUCCUCCUGCGCUACGGGCAGCACCCAAAUAUCAUCACCCUGAAAGAUGUGUAUGACGACGGGAAGCAUGUUUUCCUCGUGACUGAGCUGAUGAGAGGAGGGGAGCUGCUGGACAGGAUCCUCAGACAGAAGUGUUUCUCUGAGCGGGAGGCCAGUUCUGUGCUGCACACAAUCUGUAAAACUGUGGAGUAUCUGCAUUCUCAAGGGGUAGUUCAUAGAGACUUGAAACCCAGCAACAUUCUCUAUGUGGAUGAGUCUGGAAACCCAGAGAGCAUUCGCAUUUGUGACUUUGGCUUUGCCAAGCAGUUGAGAGCUGAGAAUGGCCUUCUCAUGACCCCUUGCUACACUGCGAACUUCGUGGCCCCCGAGGUACUAAAACGUCAAGGCUACGAUGAGGGAUGUGACAUCUGGAGUUUAGGGAUACUCCUCUAUACAAUGCUGGCAGGAUACACUCCUUUUGCAAAUGGGCCCAGUGACACUCCAGAGGACAUCCUGAGCCGAAUAGGCGGAGGGAAGUUCACUCUAAAAGGAGGAAAUUGGGACACAGUUUCUGAGGCAGCCAAGGAUCUGGUAACAAAGAUGCUCCAUAUUGAUCCUCACCAGCGCCUGACAGCCAAACAAGUCCUGCAGCAUCCCUGGAUAACCCAGAAGGAUAGGUUACCCCAAAGCCAGCUGAGUCACCAGGAUGUACAGCUUGUAAAGGGAGCCAUGGUUGCAACAUACUCUGCAAUAAACAGCUCCAAGCCAAGUCCCCAGCUGAAGCCCAUUGAGUCAUCCAUUCUGGCACAGAGGCGGGUGAAGAAGCUCCCCUCCACCUCACUGUAGUGGGAAACCUGGGCAGCCCAUGGCACCGCUGUGCAGUGCUGUCACUCAUGACAUUGCACAAGCUGCUGAAGAUGGGAAGCAGGGAAACGGGCAGGAAAACAACGCGUGAAAGGAAGCCCAUUUGCAGACUGUCUUCCUCCAAACCACAGCAAGGCCAAGUGCCUUUUUCCUUCUGAAAGACUAGCUCUUCUCUUCGUGGACUCGCCUGUCCUGAUAGAAGUUCACUGUAAAACCUUUUUUUUUUUUUUUAAAGUGUAAAUUGAUACAAUUUUUAAAGGGAUCCAUUUGUGUAUAUGAGAACUAGAAUGUAUAAUCCGUGUAAUGAUGUCACUAAAGAGCAGAUCUGAUUUGUCUUUUCCUGUGAAGGGCCAGACCUUGAUUGUAGACACAUCACCUUUCACAACUGAUUUGGGGUUCAGGGCUGGUGCAGCUGGAAGUCCGACCUUUUUUUCUUCCCCUCAAACUUUCUGUACCCUCCCCAAUGUCAAACUAGCAGCUGUUCUUUCCAGAACCACCUGUUAGAGAAGUCGCCCCAUUUUUGUGUACAGCUUGUAAAACCAGUUCUUAAAUUUCAUCCUGUAGGUUUUGGUUUCCCUCAGAAGCCACAUGGCUGCUGUUCGAGUGCAUAAGCCAUUUUAAGCACCUGCUUGGUUAAACUGUCCCAGAUACCUGCAGGGUCUGGACCAUUCCUCCUCAUUCCCCCAGCAUUCAUUCAGGAUUCUGUCGGAUGAACAGAUGCUGAUAGGGAAGAAAUAUUCUCCGUUGUGAAGUCAAGUCUUUCUGGGUUGGCUUUGGUUUCUUUCUUUUUUAUUCCUGUUUCACUUAGCACCAUCCAGGAAUCCAUGAUGCAAAGCAAAAUCUUUUUCUUUUUUAAUUUAAUUUUGUUAUAUGGCUGGUAACUCAGGGUUUCUGUCUGAACUUUAUAAUAAACAUGUCAUUCAGUUGAA